AAAAAAACUUAGUGUUUGUUUUUUGAACGGAAGACCUGCUGCUUUUGUGUUGUGGCCCCUCGUUCCUGUGUGAGGAGCCGUGUUUGCAUGCCUCCUGCGCUAAGGUGGCGUACCCCGUGGCCUUGCAACGUCCUGCUUGAGAGUCACUGGUGCAAAACUUCCAGCAGUAGCCAAGCGCCUAAUGAGCUCCAUGAUGUUGGAUGAAAAUAACCAUCUCAUCCAGUGUAUAAUGGACUAUCAGAAUAAAGGGAAGACCUCAGAGUGCUCUCAGUAUCAGCAGAUGUUGCAUACGAAUUUGGUCUACCUAGCCACUAUAGCAGACUCCAAUCAAAAUAUGCAGUCUCUACUACCAGCACCACCCACACAGAAUAUGCCUAUGGGUCCUGGAGGAAUGAGUCAGAGUGGCCCUCCCCCACCUCCACGUUCUCACAACAUGUCUUCAGAUGGUAUGGUAGGUGGGGGCCCUCCUGCACCACACAUGCAGAACCAGAUGAACGGCCAGAUGCCUGGACCUAACCAUAUGCCUAUGCAAGGACCUGGACCUAAUCAACUCAGCAUGACAAACAGUUCCAUGAACAUGCCUUCAAGUAGCCAUGGGUCCAUGGGAGGUUAUAAUCACUCAGUGCCAUCUUCACAGAGCAUGCCAGUACAGAAUCAGAUGACUAUGAGCCAAGGACAGCCUAUGGGCAACUAUGGCCCAAGACCAAAUAUGAACAUGCAACCCAACCAAGGUCCAAUGAUGCACCAGCAGCCUCCUUCCCAACAAUACAAUAUGCCACAGGGAGGUGGGCAACAUUACCAGGGACAGCAGCCACCAAUGGGAAUGAUGGGCCAAGUUAACCAAGGAAAUCACUUGAUGGGUCAGAGACAGAUUCCUCCAUACAGGCCACCCCAGCAAGGCCCACCACAGCAGUACUCAGGCCAGGAAGACUAUUAUGGGGACCAAUACAGUCAUGGUGGACAAGGUCCUCCAGAAGGCAUGAACCAGCAAUAUUACCCUGAUGGUCAUAAUGAUUACGGUUAUCAGCAACCGUCGUAUCCUGAACAAGGCUACGAUAGGCCUUAUGAGGAUUCCUCACAACAUUACUACGAAGGAGGAAACUCUCAGUACAGUCAACAACAAGAUGCAUAUCAAGGACCACCUCAGCAGCAAGGUUAUCCACCACAACAGCAGCAAUACCCAGGCCAGCAAGGUUAUCCUGGACAACAACAGGGUUAUGGUCCGUCACAAAGUGGUCCAGGACCUCAGUAUCCUAAUUACCCCCAAGGGCAAGGCCAGCAGUAUGGGGGAUACAGGCCCACCCAGCCUGGGCCACCACAGCCACCACAACAGAGGCCUUAUGGAUAUGACCAGGGGCAGUAUGGAAACUAUCAGCAAUGAGAAAGUACUUAACAUUCCAGUAGCCAGUAUCUAUUUAGCAGCCAUGUGUCUCCUCAGCACUGUGGACAUCUCCCUGUGAAGAGAACCUCUCGUUCCAUCUAGCUUUUGGAAAAAUCUGGUGCAUAAACGGCUGUUCUACAGUAUACGGUCUUUAUGGGCUAGUUAUUAAAGGCUGUCGACUCUCAGAUACUCAAAUUUCACAUCUCUACUCUAGAUGGCAAUAUUGGACAGAAAAUACCUUGACAUAACCAGUUUUCAGUGAGUUCAGAACUGUGUAUCAAAUAGACUGUUACAGACUGAAAGGUGUGAACAGCUUUGUAUGUUUAUGAAGGUUAUGGGAAUUUAAUAUUUUUUCCACAGAUUUUUUUGUAAGGGGAAGGGGGAAAUGCACACUUUUUACAACAGCAAUAUUUUGUAUAUUAUGUUUUUCAUGUGGUGAAUAUGCAAGACGUACACUACUCACUGGGCAGGAUCAGAAAUCUGCUGUUAAUGUGGAUUAGGACAUGGUAAAUAAAUUAAAUAAAUGCUUGAUUGUCGGUCUCAAUAUGGUGUACAAUAAAGGUAAAGGUGAAAACAAAGUGCACCAUACAUCACUGAGAAGGUUUUGUACAAUGAAUUUGAAUUCCAGUUAUCUAAAUGGGAAGGUAAUCGAGGAAAGUAUAACAUAGUCUUGUGCAAAAGAUUAAUUUUUUAAGCUUUCAGAUUUUUCUGAGUAAAUCAUUUUUGUAAAGAUGGUUUCUAACGUAGUUUGACAAUUUUCUUCAACUUUUUUGAUAACAAGAAGUGUUUGGAUUGGAUCUGUGUUUUGUCACAGCUUCCAAGAAAGCAGGCUGUAAUCCCUUUCUAAUUGCAGUAACAAAGAGUAUGACAAGUGUUAAUUUUAUCUGGCUUGAAUAUGCAAAAAAAUUUUAAAAACCUAAUAUUGAGAACAGGUCAAACUGUAUUGUAUAACUGUAUUUUAAUCUUUAGUUGAAUAAUUUGUAUGUAACAAAAUAGCCUAGAAGACUUUUGUAAAACCUCUAUCUAAACUUUCUUAACUGGGAGUUAAUAUCUUUUAGAAAGGGGGUAUUUUUUGUGUGUGUCCAUUUUCUUACUGGUUAAUUAUGAGACCAAGGGAUGUUUUAGGAUAUCAAAUAUAAAACUGUUGGUGAGGUAAAUGCCAAAUUUUGUUGUGAACUGCAUUAAUGCUUAUAGUGGUGCAUGUACGAUAGAGGCAGCACCUUGAUCAAUAGCAUAGUACACAAACUGGUUUCGAGACCGUCCUGCAGCUAUAGUUCAAGUAUGUUCAUGGAUAUUCUCUUAUGCAGGAAUACACAUAUUCAAGAAUUCUUAGCAAUCUUUAUGAAAGACAUAACUUAAAUUUGCCCAGGAGUAAAAUAAUAAUUUUUUCACAGUUGGCUAUGAUGUUUUAACAGGAAAAAAAACAACUGUUAUACAUGAAAAGCAAAAGUUUCAAUUUGUCCAUUAUUUUUAAAGGGAAGCAAUUUUCUUUUUUUUUAAAUUGACUGAUAGAAAAUGCACAUCAAGCUUUGAACAGAUAAAGCAUGAGGAGCAUUAUUAUGAAUGAAAUGCUUGUGGGUGCUGUGCCAAUUUUCCACCACUGUGUACUUCAUUGCUAUUUAAAACUGUACUCCAUCAACUCUAACGGAAGAAUAAAUUAUUUGUGAUUUUAA